UUUUUUUUUUGAUAUCAAAAGGCAAAACUAAUAGCCAUUAGCCAGCCAUGUUGUACUAACUGUUAUGACUUGUAGACAUAUAGACUGUUAUUAACGUAUGUCGUAUUGUUUAUUAUUUUGUUAAGUAUUAACGUAAUACUUAAUCUUAUUUGUCAGUGACCAGUGUCUGUCAUCUGACCCUGUGUAAUGAUUAAUUGUUAGAUGGUCGUUAAAAAUGUUCUUCUAAACAAUAAUAUUGUCAUUAUUAAGUCACCUACGUUUGAAUUUAAUUAACAGUUUACGAAGAUACGACUAACUACUCGACAUUAUGGUUCUUGAGAAAUGUACAACGGCAUGUAACGCAAAUGCGUGAAUGUGAUUUGGAGUACCAAGAAAUGAUGUCAAAAAUCAAAGAAUUGACAGACAAUUUUAAUGGUUCUAUGUCUUCAUUACAUUCUGAAAAAUUGACAAAGCUAUUAAUAACUGGUUUAAAUCUAGGAGAUAAAAAGGUGCAAACAGUUCAAAAUAUAUCUGAUUUGGUAGAUGAUAAAGUCAGACGUUUAGAAAUUGGUAGGAAAUAUUUGACUUCUGCUAAAGAACCUGAUGCUCCUAAGCCAAGUAUCAAAGAAAAACUAGACAGUGGUAAUUGUUCUAAAGAAAGAUGUUUACCUAGCACUAGUACUAGUAGUGUUUCUAAAGAAUUGAAAAAACGCAAUACUGAUAAUGAUAGUAAUGAAUCUAAUAAUGAUGCAAAACUUGCAAAACGGCCACGACGUAAUAGAGCCGAUGAGCCAGAUUAUAAAGAAAUUUCUGAUGAUGUGAUGGCAAUGUCAGUUUUACAACAUUCCAACACACCUUUACCAAGAGCCACAGCAACAGCGCAAGUACAAUCUCAAGUAACGUUGAAAAAAGUUACUCAAAAAACAGAAACAAAAACCAAAAAGAAAGGAAAGUAUAAAAAACAACAGAAGGAUAAUUCACCAUCAUUGGAUGACGAUGAUGAAAUAGCUGUUGAUCCAGAUGAACCAACCUAUUGUCUUUGUGAUCAAAUUUCAUACGGAGAAAUGAUAUGUUGCGAUAACGAUUUAUGUCCAAUAGAAUGGUUUCAUUUUUCAUGUGUUUCAUUAUCAACAAAACCAAAAGGCAAAUGGUUUUGUCCUAAGUGUCGUGGAGAUCGUCCAAAUAUAAUGAAACCUAAAGCACAGUUCCUUAAAGAACUUGAACGAUAUAACAAAGAAAAAGAAGAUAAAGCUUAAGAUUUUGUUUUGAACAUAAGCUACAAUUUACUUAAUUUAACUUGAUAUUUAAAAAUACCUAAUUAUUCAAUAAAUUAUCUAGUAUUUAGUUAACAAUU